AGUUUUAGAGGGGAAGAUACUCGCAAGACUUUUGUGGAUCAUCUCUACUCAGCUCUCGAAGAACAGGGGAUCUACACUUACAAGGAUGACAUAACACUUGCUCGGGGAGAAUCGAUCAGCCCUUCCCUGUUGAAGGCUAUUGGAGAAUCGCAGAUUGCCAUCAUCGUGUUCUCUAAAAACUAUGCAAAUUCGACCUGGUGCUUGGAUGAACUUACACAUAUUAUUAAAUGCAGGAAUGAGAUAGGGCAAACUGUUAUGCCCAUAUUUUAUGACGUGGAUCCCUCUGAAGUGAGAAAACAAAAACGAAAAUACAAAGAAGCAUUUGACACACAUGAGGUGGAAAACAAAAACAAAAUUAAAUCUUGGGGACAAGCAGUUGUUGAUGAACCUUGGGGAUGGCUCUCUGCACCGUUCGAGCAAAAUCGAAAAUACAGAGAAGCUGCUGCCAAACAGGAGUUGGAAAACAAGAUGAAGGUUGAAUCAUGGAGAAAAGCACUUGUGGAGGCAAGUAACAUUUCUGGAUGGGAAACCACACAGAUUGCCAACGGGCAUGAAUCACAGGGCAUCAAACAAAUAGUUGUCGAAAUUUCGCAGAAAUUGUAUCCAUUAACUUCAAAAGCAGAUGAAAAUCUGAUUGGAAUGGCUGUACGCGUGCAAAGUUUGAAAUCAGAGUUACAAAUUGAGUCAGGCGGUGUUCUCAUGAUUGGAAUAUGGGGGGUUGGGGGUGGUGGUAAGACUACUCUUGCAUCUUCGGGUUAUAGAGAAAUCUCUAGCAAGUUUAAUGGUUGCUGCUUUAUUAAAAAUAUUCGAGAGGAAUCAAGCAGGUAUGGGCUGGAAAAGUUGCAAAAAAAAAUUCUUUCAGAAAUGAAAGUAAACAAAGUUGGAGGAGGAAGAUCCUUGAUAGAUAAUAGGUUACGCCGUAGAAAGGUCUUGAUUGUUCUAGAUGAUGUCCAUCACCUCGACCAACUAAAAGCAUUAGCUGGGUCACAUGAUUGGUUCGGUGAAGGAAGCCGAAUAAUAAUCACAACCAGAGAUGUGCAUUUAUUAAAUGCACAUAGAGUUGAUGUAAUGCACAAUGUCAGCUUGUUAAACGAUGAGGAGGCUAUUGAGCUCUUCCGCAAGCUUUCACCGCAAGAUUACAUACCUAAGGAAGAUUAUGAGCAGCUUUCAAAAGAUGUGGUUUCUUAUGCUGGUGGGCUCCCAUUAGCACUUGCAGUUCUCGGUCCUUUCCUUUGUGACAAAGAUAUUGACGAGUGGAGGAGUGCUUUGGCCAGAUUGAAAGAGAUCCCAAAUGAUGAUAUUGUGGGAAAGCUAAAACUCAGCUUUGAUGGACUUACAAAGGUUGAGAAAGAGUUGUUCCUUGAUAUUGCUUGUUUUUUUAGGUGGGAGAGCAAAGAAAGGUCAAUGGAGAUACUUGAUGCUUGUGGUUUUCAUCCUGUUAUAGGAGUGAAGGUGUUGAUACAAAAGGCUCUCAUAACUAUUUCAGAAGAUGGAAAGUUUGAUAUGCAUGAUCUGGUGCAAGAAAUGGGACACCACAUUGUUAGAGGGGAACACCCUAACAACCCUGAAAAACAUAGUAGAGUUUGGAAGAAGGAAGAUGCUAUAAAAAUAUGCUCUAUGGAUGCAACAACGGAACUUGAUAUGAUUGAAGCAGUAGGACUUGGAUUCUUUAUUUUUCCACCAGGGGAUAAUCUACCACUUGUUGCAAACGCAAAGAACCUUAGGUGGAUUGAAUGGCAAUGUGAUUUUGCAUUUCAUUUGCUUAGUAACUUUCCACAAAGGACGCUUUGUUGUCUAAUAUUGGGGUCGUGCCUGCAGAAACAGUUAUGGGAGGGUAAUAAGUUGCUGCCCAAUUUGAAGACAAUUGAACUUUAUGGUUUGGAAAACCUAAUCAUGACACCAGAUUUUGAUGGACUUCCAAAUCUUGGAAGAUUCAUCCUUACUCGAUGUUUCUAUUUAAAAGAGAUUCAUCCAUCGAUUGGACGCUUGGAAAGUCUUGUUUUCUUAUGUAUAGCACAUUGUCCCCGUCUUGAGAAGUUUCCACCCAUCAUCCAACCAAAGAAACUUAAAACCCUAGAAUUCUCAAGCUGCCCCAAACUUUUUAAUAUCUCAGAGAUCCAAAAGCAGAACAUUGACAAUUUAGGGAAUCUUGAUUUGGAUAAUAGUGGGAAAGAAGUUGAAUCCUAUAUGGAAAGUUGUUUAGAGGAGCCUUGUUUAUCUCGUAACAACAUGAAUCCUUGUUUGUAUGACAAAAACAUGAACCACAUAGGGUUGCAGUUGUUUUUCAAUGACAUAAGAAAGUUGGAUCUUAGCUUUUGCCGUUUGGGAGAUGAAGAGAUUUGCUCUGCUGAUUGGGAGUUGCCCAACUUGAAAGAACUCAAUCUAAGAGGAAAUGACUUUUCACGAUUAAGUUUCAGUCGCUUGAAACUUCCUCGGCUCAAACUGCUCAAUGUGUCAUAUUGCCAAGGCCUUGUAGAAUUGUCAGAGCUGCCAUCAAGUAUAGCUGUUGUUUUGGCUGAUUCUUGUACCUCACUUGAGACCUUUGGAGAUGUUUCAAACUGUAAAUGGUUGUGGAACGUCUCACUUCUGUUGGGGAACAAUCGCGGUGGUGACAUAUUACUACACUCCAUGCUCCAGGGACAUGCUAUUCAGGAUCACUUUAUCAUUGUCGUUCUUGAAAGUCAGAUUCCGAAGGAGUUUACUGGUAGACUGUUUAGGAGGAACACAUUUACAUUGCAUUUUCCAGAUGAUUGGUACAGUGACUUUUGCGGGUUCUUAAUAUGUGUUGUUACCCAAGACAUGUCUCCAAAAAUUAAUACAGUAUCAAGCAGGAGGAUAUGUUUCCUUUGGUUCAUUGAGGCACACCGCAUUUUCAAAUUCAUCUUACACUAUGAUUUCAGUUUCCACAAACAGAGAGAGUUAUGUUGGAGCCAAGCUUGUUCCUAG